AUGUCCCAUACACAAACAAGGCUAGGCGGUGGCGCAUUCAACCAUGGCCCAUCAUCCAAUGCCGAGCAGGAAUACGACCGACUCCGUGAUCUGGCACGCAAAGAGCAAGGUCAACAUCAGCAUUUUGCGGCCGAGGCUAGACAGGCAUAUGAAAGAGGUGAUGGUGGCCGGGCUCAUGAUAUGAGCACCCAAAGCAAGAGUCACGCUGCAAAGGMCGAUGAGUACAACAAGCAAGCUUCCGAGUUCAUCUUCAGGGAGAACAAUGCUGUGGGCAAAGUAGCCGGAGAUACCGUUGAUCUUCAUGGUCAAUUCGUAGAGGAGGCCGAAGAAAUCCUCGAACAACGAAUCAAAUACGCUCGCCAAACCGGACAAACUCAUCUUCACGUCAUUGUCGGGAAAGGUAACCACUCUCCCGGCCAUGUCCAAAAGAUCAAGCCCAAAGUCGAGGAAGUCUGCCGCGAACUAGGUCUCCAAUACAAAACGGAGCCCAAUGCCGGACGCAUGUAUAUUGAUCUCACAGGAGGUAACGUGGACUCGAUUCCUCAUUACGAUGACAAUCAGCACCAACCCCACCACGAGAACUACGGAAAGCCACACUACGAGAGCGCGUAUCCUAUGGGCAACAUGCCAAACUACGGAGGUGGCUAUCCCGGUCAGCAGCAGCAACCGCAGAUGCAGUAUGGUGGGCAGUCUGGAUAUCCUGGUCAACCGCAGCAGAACAUGCAGAUCCAGGAGCCGGAGCAGAAAACAACCAAGUGCUGUGGGUUGUGUGUGGUCAUGUAA